AUGGUCAGACAAUCAAUUUCAUUAAAAGCUGAAUUAGAAGAAAUUCAAAAUAUUUUUCCAGCAACAUAUAAAAUAUUUUUUUUAAAGAUUAAAUGUUCAAAUUGUGGUGAAAUCCCAGAUAAAUGGAUUGGUUUAGAUAAAUCAAAUAUUGAAGUCAUUGGAAAAUCAAAUGUAAAUUUAGCAACAAAAUGUAAGGGUUGUAAUAGGGAAAAUAGCAUUGUAAUUGAAGAUACUGAUUAUUCAUCAAGAACAAUUGAAUCAGAAAAAGAUUUUGAAAUUGCUAGAUUUGAUUGUAGAGGUGUUGAAAUUGAAGAAUUUGAUCCAAGAGAUAAUUGGAUUGUUGUCUCAUCAUCUGGUAAAGAAUAUAAAGAUGUCGAUUUAGAAGAAGGAGAAUGGUCAGAAUUUGAAGAAAGAACUUCAACUUCAUUAACUAUUUUAAGUAUUGAAUCUUCUAUUAAAAAAAUCAAAUAA